CAGCUAACCUUCUUUUCACUGGCAGUUGAGAGUUAGGGAAAUGUCACCGUGUGAUUUGGGAACCAGUUUUACAAGGUCCAGUGAUGCUGUACGCGUGUGCAAGGUUUCGUCAUCUGGAUAAAAACAUCAGUUUCAAGCUGCACGAAGUAUGCCUGGAAGUCCAAUACUUCUUAGCUCAGCACCGCUGAAACUAAUAGAUAAAGAAUCCAUGAUGUCGAACAGUUCCAAUUCUAGUGAAGAUGAAAAUCCUGAACGAGGAAAUUGGGGAAAUAAAAUGGAAUUUGUUCUAUCCUGCCUUAGUUAUGCUGUAGGUCUUGGUAAUGUUUGGAGGUUUCCUUAUGUUUGCUACAGAAAUGGUGCAGGAGCUUUCCUUAUACCUUUUAUUAUAAUGUUAUUUAUUACUGGUAUACCAUUGGUCUUUAUGGAGCUAUCCUUGGGCCAGUACUGUAGUUCUGGAAUUGUCACUUUAUGGAAAGCAUCACCAAUAUUUCAAGGAGUUGGCUGGGCCAUGUUUGUUGUGUCUGUUCUGAUCUCAGUUUAUUACAACAUGAUUAUAGCCUACACAUUGUAUUUUUUAUUUGCAUCAUUUGCCAAAAUUCUUCCCUGGAGUGCUUGUGGAUCCUGGAGUACUGAAGUUUGUAAUGAUGGAGAAUUAUUCAAGAUUAAAGCCUGUACAAAGACUGGAGGUGAAUGGUGUAAUGGUGGAUGUAUAGCUAACAUGACAGCACUGAAUGAGACAUACAGAACAGCUAUAUCACCAAACUGUUCUAACUUUACAUCAGAAAUCAAAUCACCUAGUGAUGAAUUCUUCCAUGAAUAUGUAUUAGGAAUAACUGACGGAGUUCAUGAAAUGGGAACAAUACGAUGGGAGCUUGUUGGAUGUCUAGCUUUAGCCUGGGUACUAGUUGGAUUAUGUCUAGCAAAGGGCAUUAAAAGUUCAGGGAAGGCUGUAUAUUUCACAGCAUUUUUUCCCUAUGUUGUACUGCUGAUAUUAUUGGUGCGUGGAUUAACAUUAGAAGGAUCUGUGGAUGGUAUUGUAUAUUUCUUAACUCCACAGUGGAGUCAGCUAAGUAAGGCUCAGGUAUGGGCUGAUGCAGCUGUACAGAUAUUUUUCUCUCUGUCACCUUGCUGGGGAGGUUUGAUUACUUUAGCCAGUUAUAACAAGUUCCGUAAUAACUGCUUCCUUGAUGCCAUUAUUGUAUCUGUCAUGGAUUGUGUGACCAGCGUGUUUGCUGGACUGGUAAUUUUUGCCAUCAUUGGAUACAUGGCACAUGAACUGAAUGUAGAACUGGACCAAGUAGCAAGUGAAGGUGCUGGUUUAGCAUUUGUUGUUUAUCCAGAGGUUGUGACAAAGUUACCAAUAUCACAGUUGUGGUCUGUUCUCUUCUUUGCCAUGUUGAUCACAUUAGGUUUGGGUACACAGAUUGCUACUGUAACAACAGUCCAUACCACUUUAAUGGACUACUGGCCACAUGUGUUCCGUGUCAAUCAGAAACGCAGGAUUUUAUUAUUGGUCAUGAUUGCUGUGGCUUGCUUCUUAUUGGGACUUGCAUUUUGUACACAGGGAGGAAUGUUUAUUCUACAGCUGUUUGACAACUAUGCUGCUACAUAUUCAUUACUAUUGAUUGGUUUAGUGGAAUGUAUUGGUAUCGGUUGGGUAUAUGGUGCUGAUAGAUUUUUGGGAGAUAUAGAACUUAUGUUGGGAAAGCGUCCUUCCAAUAUAUGGAAAUACAGUUGGAAGUUUGUAGCACCUACAGCUUUAUUGGCUAUUUUGAUAUUUUCAUGGGCUGAUUUCAAGUCUUCCAAAUAUGACAAAUACGUGUUUCCAUUGUGGGCUGAUGGUUUGGGAUUCAUCAUCACCCUAUCUUCUAUCAUACUGAUACCAGCUAUAGCCAUUUAUAAAGUGGUUUGUGCAAAGUGUACAUCAGGACUUGGAUUAGUAGAGGUGAUAAAAAACUUGGCAAAACCAGCAGAUGAUUGGGGUCCAGUGUCGAAAGAACACAGAACAGAAAGAAAAAUGAUUGAUGGAACUCCUACUGAACAGUUUGAAUCUCAGAUUCCAUUUGUAGGCUCACAAUACUCUGCUGAACAAGACACUAAAGUAUAAAGGACUGUCUCAAAGACAGAACUGUGUGAUGUUUCAAUGUACGAUUUAAAAAUAGAAUACCUGACAUUAAGAUUGUUGCUGUAUUGGGACCCUCAAGUAGUCACUUAAAAGUUAAAACACAAACAACUAUUUAAAAGUCCUAGAACCUAGAACCAUUUGCACAAAACUAACCAGAUUUUUAUAGAAUGCUCAAAAUUUAUUACAUUCAUUGGCAUGCAUUCAGAAACCAAGCAAACAUGAUAAGUGAAUUUUAGAACUUGGCUGACACAUUUGUCUUGAUAUCCUAUUGAGUAGGAAAAGUUAUAAGUUUAUUUGUUGAUCACUUAGCAGAAGUCCAUAUUUCAACAUGGACAUAUGGUGUAAGGUAAAAGGCUUACUAAACCUAAUUAUAAAAAUAAGUUUGAAGGCUAGCUUCAUUUACAACACAUACAUAUUUGUAGAAAAAUCUUGUACAAUGUAUGUAAAGAAGUCAACUUUCUCUAGAGUUACACUUACAAAGACUGAAAAUGUGUCUAUUGAAAAUGCAAUACAGAUCUUUAAAAAAUGUAGCAUGCAAGUAAACUUUCUGAAAGAAGAUGUAUUAAAGAACAUUAUCAAGUCACUUUUGGUCAUUGUAUAUCCCAGUACAAAAAAAAAAAAUAAGAAGAAAUAUGUCAUAGGUUUUCACAAUGAAAUAUAUGAAGUAAAGAAUUAUUUUUUUCCGACUGAGAAGUGCUAUUUAUUUAUGUUUUAAUGCUCAUUUAUAUGGAUAUUUUUAUUGAGAAUGUGCCAAACUUGAAUACAACAAACAAUUGAUUGAUUUGAAUUAAAGGGUAAAUGAUAUAUAUUUUUAAGAAUAGAUUUUUGUUAUGCCUACAGUAUAAAUGUUAAGAAUUUGAUUUCUGGAUGUAGAUGCACAGGGCUCUGACUAAAUAAUUAGAUACAAAGGAAGAAAAGAAACCAAAUUUUAGAUAAUCAAGUUUAGUUAAUACAAGUUUUAAUGCCAAAGGGUUCAAGAAAGCUUUUACUUGGUAAAGGUUAUCCAUCAGACAAUACCAUAUGAGUUUUUGAUUUGAUGAAAAUGUCUAGCAAUAUUUUUUGCCUUUUAUCUCUAAAACAUUAAUACUACUAGUUAUUGUUAUUGAAGUAUUACAAAUUUGGUAUGCAUUUGUAUAAUGGUCAGUUAGAUUUACUACUUGAAUACUUUAAGAUGAAUCUCUAGAAAUUUUUAGUUCAGAAUCUCACUGUUUUUUAUGAUAUUAAAUGAUAAAUUUUAUUUUAAUUAACAAUUUAAAACAUAAUUGAAUUAUGUUAAUUUAUUUGUUAAAUUUCUGUGAAAAUUGUUGUUUUAUGAAAUCUCAUAUUUGAACUUUUUAUAUGUGUUUAUGUUAUUGUUUAUUGUUUUAUUACUCCUUAUAUUUUGUUUUGUUUGGUGAAGUCAUUUAUGUUGUGAAUUUACAUACUCUUAGUACUAUUGCAUAUAUGAUAGUAAAAUUAGUAAAAAAAAAUAAUAUGAUCUUGAAUUAGUUGAAGUUUCUCAAGUGCUUUGUGCUUUAUAUUUGUCAUUUUGUAAUUGACAAGAUUGCUGGCAUGAAUAAAAUUUAUAAAAUUGAGGUGACACAUCAAUUUAA